AUGGCUCCUACAGCAAUCGAUUCAGAGACAACAUCGUCAAAAGCGUUGAUUGCCAUUGGACUGGGCAAGUUUUAUGAAUAUGAGGGAUCUGCCAACAAGCUUGGAGUCGGCAUCAUCAAAAGACAGAAUGGCGAGACAACAGUAUUGUCAAAUGUCAGAAGAACGUAUAUAACACCACCAGGACAAGGAUUCCUACCGAAAGAUACUGCAAAACAUCAUCGUGAACAUGCUAUCGAGGUUGUUAAAGAGGCGUUGAAAGUAGCUGGAGUCAGUGGAAAAGAUGUGGAUUGUAUUUGCUUUACUAAGGGUCCUGGAAUGGCACCACCACUUGUAUCUGUCGCACUCGUAGCCCGAACAUUGUCCCUCCUAUGGAACAAACCCCUCGUCGCAGUAAACCACUGUAUAGGCCACAUCGAAAUGGGCCGUAUGAUUACCGGCGCCAAGAACCCAGUCGUGCUCUACGUAUCAGGGGGCAACACGCAAGUUAUCGCAUACUCUGAAAACCGAUACAGGAUAUUUGGCGAAACCAUAGACAUUGCAGUUGGCAACUGUCUCGAUCGAUUCGCUCGAGUCAUAAACAUAUCAAAUGAUCCUGCUCCCGGAUACAAUAUCGAGCAGCUCGCUAAACAGGGUGAAAAGUAUAUCGAGUUACCGUAUUCUGUGAAAGGGAUGGACGUGUCGUUUUCUGGAAUACUGGCUCAUUUAGAAGGCUUUGCGAAUACCAUGUUGGCUAAGGAGGAGUGUACAAAAGCAGAUUUGUGCUUUUCGUUACAAGAGACUGUGUUUUCAAUGUUGGUGGAAACUACGGAACGGGCUAUGGCUCAUAUUGGAUCUACCGAGGUUUUGAUUGUUGGUGGUGUUGGAUCAAAUGAACGAUUGCAAGAUAUGAUGACCAACAUGGUUUCCCAACGUGGUGGACUUGUCUACGCCACUGAUGAACGGUUUUGCAUUGACAAUGGGUUGAUGAUUGCUGUUGCUGGAUCAUUGGCUUUCAUGACUGGAUACACAACGCCCAUGGAAGACACGUGGUGUACACAAAGGUUUCGCACUGAUGACGUGUACGUCGCGUGGAGGAGGGAUUGA